UAACAUUGUUUUAGGACUGUGUGGUGCAGAGCAGAGGACUACAAACAUGGCGAACACGUCAGAGUGAGUCAUCCCCGCCACAGACGAUCUCUGUCCAGCCUCAUCGCGAGCUCCUCCGCGCAGCCUCCCUGCAUCCGAGCGCGAGCAUCACUGCGCGAGCAUCACUGCGCACCGACCGAGCCCGACCGAGACCGAGACCGAGCCCGAGACCGACCGAGCCCGAGCAUAUGAAGGCUUCGUCUCCCGGAGCAGCGGCGUGUUUUCGGUGAUCCCGGUCCUCGUGGCCGCUGUAUGGCUGUGAAGUGACGGGCUGGUCGGUGUCUCCGUGUCUCCGUGUCUCCUCCCGCCGCAUCCUGCCCUCAUCCACAAAAUGGCGGACAUCAUCGAGCUGGGACCCGCCUACGCCAUGUCUCCGGUCCUGGCGGGCUUCCUGGGAGCUGGUGUUCUGGUUCUGGUCGUCGUGGUUCUGGUGCUGCUGUGGUCCUUCUGUCAGCGCCGGUACCUGCGAAUCUCCGGACGCUACAAGCUGCAUGGCGACCGUUAUUGCGACGCCGAGGACCCACCCUACAAGUUCAUCCACAUGCUGAAGGGCAUCAGUAUUUACCCAGAAUCCCUCAGCAGCAGCAAGCGGAUCGUCCGCGGCAUCCGGCGAGCGGACCGCUCCGACCGCGACGGAGAGCGAGGCUGCCCCGCCACCACGGGGAGGGGCAUGGUGCUGGUGGACGCCGAGAACAACAUCCUGGACGUCCCGGGUCAGCUGCAGAUGAGUCACCUGGUCCCCCCCGCCGGGUCAGGCCCCGCCCACAGCCAGGCCCGGCUGGAGCGGGCGCUGCCCGUCCGCGCCGACUACUGCUGCCUGGACAGCAGCUCGGCCAGCAGCAGCCAGACCAGCAGCAAGACGGCGUCCCCGUUCACCCCCGCCUCAUCGGACCCGGAGCCGGAGCCCAGCCUGGGCGCCAUCAGCCUCACCGUCGACUACAACUUCCCCAAGAAGGCGCUGGUGGUGACCAUCGUCGGCGCCCGCGGCCUGCCCGCCAUGGACGAGCAGGCGGGCAGCUCGGACCCGUACGUGAAGAUGACAAUCCUGCCGGAGAAGAAGCAUCGCGUGAAGACCCGCGUGCUAAGGAAGACUCUGGACCCGCUAUUCGACGAGACCUUCACCUUCUAUGGCGUGGCCUACAGCUCGCUGCCCGAGCUCACCCUGCACUUCCUGGUCCUCAGCUUCGACCGCUUCGCCCGCGAUGACGUCAUCGGGGAGGCUGUGGUGCCGCUGAAAGGCGUGGACCCGAGCACGGGCCGGGUCCACCUGAGCCAGCAGAUCACAAAGAGGAAUAUGCAGUGUGAGACUCGUGGCGAGCUGCUGGCGUCUCUGUCCUACCAGCCGGUGUCUCAUCGUCUCAGCGUGGUCGUCCUGAAGGCUCGACACCUCCCGAAGAUGGACAUCACCGGCCUGUCAGCAAACCCGUACGUGAAGGUGAACGUCUUCUACGGACGCAAACGCAUCGCCAAGAAGAAAACCCACGUGAAGAAGUGCACGCUGAACCCGGUCUUCAACGAGUCCUUCAUCUACGACAUCCCGCCCGAGCUGCUGCCCGAGAUCUCCGUGGAGUUCCUGGUGGUCGACUUCGACCGGACCACCAAGAACGAGGUUCUGGGCCGCCUGCUGCUCGGCCUGCACAGCCCCGCCCCCUCCGGCGCCACCCACUGGAGGGAGGUGUGUGAAAACCCCCGCCGGCAGAUCUCCAAAUGGCACAACCUGAGCGAGUACUGAGGGAGCCAGCGGAGAGCACCGAGCAGCUGGGAAAGACUCAGUGUACAACACACACACACACACACACACACACACACACACACACACUCUGUUGUGAUCAUAGGUAAACACACACACACUCUGUCUGUUUUCUCUCUCGACCUCACGACAUUCGCAGUCCAAUAAAAAGCUGCAGCUUUUGUUUUUUUCAGCCGGUGAAAAGAAGAACGAGCUGUUUUUAAAAGAAACCAUGACAUCAUCGGACUGUUCCAUGACAUCAUCGGACUGUUCCAUGUGUGCGUGUUGACGGGGGAGGAAUGAUCCAAAAGAAAAAGAGUCCCCCCUCUUGCUGUUGUUGAUCAUCAUCGCAUGUCUGUCCACGAUCGACAGGAAGUCCGACGUGAUGAAAAUAUUCACUAACACUGCAUAUAAUAAACCAACGCUGAGUAUAUCCCAUAAUAACCCUCCGCAGGACCAGAGAAGAACCACCAGACUGCCUGUCUGUCUGCCCGUCUGUCUGCCCGUCUGUCUGUGUGAUGGCAGCAUGCUGCACAGAGGAAACGUUGAAUGAACGUUUAAACAACCCUGACCCUGGAGGAGGUGGACUGCAAAGGACUGUGGGUAACUGAGGCGGGUUCCAUCCGUGUUUGUCACGUGACGUUUUUAAGUUUCAGAAUCAGCUGUGGCAGCCGAUGACGUUUGUCUCCAUCGUGACUUCACCCUGAAACAUCAAGACGGACGUAAACAGGAAGUCCCUGUAGCACCACGAGCUAACACGACUGCUCUGUAAAUGUUUGGGGGAAAUAUGCUAAGUUAUGCUAAGCUAACUGUUAUUUACUCAUAUAGUUUCCAACCAUCAUUAUUAAAUUAUUCAAGUUCCAGCUCAGAUGUUAGCACGCUAACGUUAGCUUUGUCUGUUGGUUCAGUUAGCUACGCAACAGUUAGCCUGCAGUCAGCGGCUGUAAAUAUUUAUAAUCUGUACGUAACAACGGACUGAGCUGAUCACUUAUAAACACUGUUAGCUCAAGGCUAAGUUAUUUUGAGGCUAAGUUAGCUGAAGGCUAAGAUAGCUCGAGGUUAAGUUAGCUGAAGGCUAAGAUAGCUCGAGGCUAAGUUAGCUGAAGGCUAAGAUAGCUCGAAGCUAAGUUUGAACAGCUGCUGAGUCCAGGAGGUAAAAAUGGCGUCACAGAGGUGACGUCAACAGUCUUGUUCCGUGUACUGGUCCUUUCUGAGCCACGCCCCCUUUCACUAUGUGCUCCAAUCACAGUUGACUUAGCCUUGGUCAGCUUCCUCCUUUCCUGAACUUAGAUAUGCUACGUGUUAGCUUAGAUAUGCUACGUGUUAGCUCGUCUGUGCUGAAAAGAAAAAAUCCAUUUUGAAAGCUAAUGUUAGCAAAAUGCUAAUGUUAACUAAUACUAACUAGCUAACUAACAAUAAUUGCUUGCUACGUAGCAUAUAUUAGUUGGCUAGUUAGCAAGCAUUUUGCUAUCAUUAGCUAACUUAUGAUGUCACUUUUAUUUUUGAGCCAUCUUCAGAGGAGCUAACACGUAGCAUCUCUAAGCUAACACGUAGCAUCUCUAAGCUAACACAUAGCAUAUCUAAGUACAGGAAAGGAGGAAGUUGAUGGAGGGUUGCUCAACUGUGAUUGGAGCACAGAGUGAAAGGGGCGGGGCUUUUGACGUCAUUAUUUAAUGUAACGUAACGAUGUUUGUUUGAUGCUAAGCUAAGCUAACAGAGCUGAUUAAAGCUGAUGAAGAUUUUAAAUGUUCUGAACACCUGCAGGUCCAUCAGAACCAGGUCUCACACUGGACUUCAUAUAUGUUCAUGAAAGGUGAACUUUCACUUCAGGUCAGGAAACAUGUGGACAGGUGUUCACGUGGACAACCUGUUUAACCUCCACAGAACAUUGAGAGAGGUCAUCAGGAUAAACGAGGUGAUGAAGCUUUAAUUAAUUAACCCUGAGCUGAUGAAGUCAAGAUGUUAGAGACACGCCGAGCUGCCACACACUCACCUGAACUCACCUGAACUCACCUGAACUCCUCCCUCCUUCUUUCCUAUCUCUGGUUUAAAGUCACAGCUCGUUAACUCUGCAUAUUAAAAAUGUUUGUUACUUUGAAUCAUAAAGACUGAAGCAUGUUGGGCUCUGAACCGGCCCUGAUCCUGGCCCUGAAACCGGCCCUGGUCCUGGGACCGGGAUCAGGAACCGGCCCUGGACCUGGUCCCAGCCCUGGUCCUGGCCCUGGUCCUGGUCCCGGUCCUGAAACCGGUCCUGGGACUGGGAUCAGGAACCAGCCCUAGUCCUGGUCCUGAAACCGGUCCUGGGACCGGAAUCAGGAACUGGUCCUGGUCCCGGCCCCGGUCCUGGAUGUAGAUUUGUACAGAUUGAAGAUGUGGUUUCCUUCCUGUGAGUCCUCGGAGCUUUAGUGUUUGAGCGCCCCCUGCUGUAGACCUGAUGCUAACCUCUGUGUUAGAAUCCUUAACUCUGAUUGGACGUGCAAAUAAAAACAAGUUAGCCUCGUU